AUGACUUUGUAUUUGGCAGUGGAUUCAUCCUUAUCAAUGCGAUUACCUGUUAACGACAAUAGUGAAAUAUCGAGGCGGGUAAUUGCAUGUCAGCUGGCUUUACAAACUCUCCAGAAGGUGCAGGCCUUGGAUAUGGAUCGUAAGAUUAGAUUGGUUGAUUUCUCACACAAUUCAAAAAUUAUAUCAUGCGACAUUCGAAACAUUGAAGAUGCUGAAAAAAAUUUGAAUUGCAUAGGUGUAUCUGCCUCAGCUGACCUAAUUUCGUUGUUCCUACUUAUAAAGAUGGAAAAUGACGAUGAAACUAGCAACCUUCUAGUAUUCACGGAUGCAUGUACUUUCACUCCGGAGGAAGUGAACUUGACACAUCUGCCGAAUUGUACGGUCAAAUUUGUUUGCGUUCUGGAUGAAGUUUUAGCAGACAAAAAUCAGAUUGCUCGACUGUGGGCUAUUUCGUUGCAGACGGAAGGUUUCAAAGAGGAAUUUGAGCUUGAAAACAGUCAAUCCUGGAUGCCGUAUUUCAUAUCCGAUUACGAUACCAUAGACAGUUAUAGUGAUGCUCUCUCAAAAGAUUUAUGUCCCGUACCAACAUUUUUGUUAAAAUGUGGUUUAUUAAAAGCAUAUUUCAAGACUCUACCAUCAGUAGAUAACGAUGACUGGAAUACAAUCGUUGAAGUCAUUGGUUUCGUCCCUGUAAAUUAUUUGGCGAAUAUGCCAACCACUCGACAUUAUUUUCUUAUCUCACAGCGCAAUAGUGAAGAUGUUCUAAACUUGUUGUGCUCCGCACUACGCUUAGAGGAAAACGUAGCCAUUUGUCGCUUGAAUAAAAAUUUAUAUGGCGCAUUAUGCUAUAUUAGUGCAAAGGAAGAAGACCCUUCAGUUUGUCGGCUUUCAAUUGUACUGUUUCCAUCCGGUCCAACGCCCGUGGCUUGGUUGCCUCCAUUCACUACUAUGUCUUCUCAGAGCGUUGUUGAUGCUGGAAAUGAAGAGCAGUUGUUCUGUAUCAUGAAUGAUGGCCUUUCUAGGCCUUCAUAUUCUUCAGUACAAAGGACUUGUUGGUAUGAGGAAUUAAAUAGGAUACAUUCUUACUGUUGUGCCAUCGGUGCUGAAGAUGUUUUGGAAAAGUUAAUUCAGGUUUUGGAUGAAGAGAGCUCUGCACAAUCACCGUUGAUUAUCAAACAUUCCUUGUACGCGAAUGAAAAACUGAG